UUAUCACUGCAUGCCUCCUGGAACCCACGAAAUAAGUUACUGAUUCGCCUCAUUCCACUUAAAAUGUCAAGCUGAAGAAGACUGCGAUAUCAUCAUUAAGUCGCCGCAAAAUUAAUGGAAAUUUUAAUGGCCUUACAAUAUGAGGGGCGCAAUCGCAUGACCAAAGUUCGGUAUGCGCUGACGUUAUAUCUAUAGUGAAAAAGAAUUUAGCUCACGGCUUAAUGCAUCCUCAACGGUCAAUUACAGUCUUCUAGGCAGGUGGAUGAAAUAAUGUACGCACGAAGAAAAACAGCAAACUGCCCGCAUUAAUCAUGAUUACGAACUUGCGACAACUUCAUGCACUAUCCUUCAACACACCAAAAACAACGUGGGGGUGUUCAGCCACCUUAAUGUAUGUUCGUGCAGGUGAUGCAGAAUUUUAUUAUUUCGGGGAAGAGGUGUUCGACUGAAUACGCCAAUCUUGCGGGAGGUGACUGUUACAUAUAGCUCAGUGCGCCUUCAGCAGAAGUUGUGAAUUCAGAUAAAACUGGUUCAUUGAACACGCUCCAGCAGUGCAGUUUUUGCUGGCUCUACCGCUCAUCAUCGGAGAUCAUGUGGCUAUAUUGCAGCAUAUGGACUAUAAUAUUAACCUAGGACGGCGCGCAUGUCCAGCGGGUGACAUGUUCUGGGUAUGUACGUUUUAAUAAAGCUUUCAGCUUACAGUAGUGCUGUUGUUGUUCUUACUCUUGUCCAACCAACUCUUGUCCCAUCCAACUAACUGAGAUUUUUCAUUUUUCUUCACGGUUACAAACUCUAAGAACUCGGUUGCAUGGAACGUAGGCGAAAGCUUAUUGGAAAUAUAUUAGGUUUUACGCGCUCACCAUGCUAGGCUGCAUGCCUUUUUUCAGAAAACGGCGUUUCGAAACGGCCGGACAAGCGAAACACACCUGAAAUUGCGACGGUGCCACUACGAGGGCUAAAACCGUUCACGCACAAAAUUUACACGAGUAUUAUUAGCAUGAUGACGGCUUAGGUAGCACCGUAGCACUCUGAAUCUGUUUAUGAUCGCCAUUUCUGCUUUACCGGCAUGGGCCCUGAUUUUCUUGCAGCUUGGUUGUGCGCUCAUUGUAUGGCGCGAGCUUGUGGCUUGCAGCAGCUAAGCUAUCCCCACAGUUAUCGUUUUAUUUUUGCUGCUUCCACCAUUUAUAAGCACAGAAUUUGGAAAAAAUGACGAGGUUCUGCCAAAAAGUGCCACAGCUCGCAAGCGCCAGUGGCGUGAUGCGCCGUCUACCGGCUGUAGACAGCGCGACACUCUGUUUCCACCUAGCCACUGCAAAUAGCACUGGUCUUUUUUUAUGCACCUUGUCAAACACAUUUUCAUCCAUGCUGUCAACUGUCAAUGAAUGGACGAAGGCCACCAAUACCGUCUCCGCUGUAAAAAUAUUCGUGGCGCCGCCAAAAAUGCGUUGUGACGUCGGCUUUUGUUCUGUUCGAGCAGCAGUACAGAACAGAGAGGACCGCCUGUUUGCUGCUGCUACUGCUGAACGAGCGUUGCCCAUACUCUAACCUCUUUGGUGUUGCCCGGGUAACUUUCAGCAUGACGCAUAUCCUGGUGAAAUGGAAAGACGAAAUGAAAUGGGAUGUGUAUCCCAUUAAUAGUGUAGCGGACACGGCAGUCGGCCUACGCUUAAUGCGGGACCCGGGUGCCACCUUGAGAUGUAUAAAGCAGGACUUCGUUAACAUCAGCUGGGAUAAUUACAAGCCGCCGUCGCCAGCGAAGUAUUGGCCGUGGGUAAGUACUGUCAACGUUGAGCAGAACUGCUUUACUUGUAAAAUGAGCUUGUAAAACAUUGCUAAAGCCAACGUAGAGCACGUCUAUAACAUGUGCUGUACCACGUGCACACAUUAGCGCGUGCAUGCAUAUUGCAGUGAAUGCAGUUGUAUCAUCCAAGCUACGGCCGGCACUAUCGCUUCUACGGCAAAUAUUAUUGCAGUCUGCGCGGCCAAGAAGCUCUGGAAAAAGAUCUGUGCACCGAAUUGCAUGUGCAUCGAUGAAGAUACACGUGGGGGCAUGUUUCAUGGUUCUCUCUGACGUUGCAUAGGUGUCUUUUGUUUUGCCAGUGUUAGCGGUUGACCCGUUUCUGAAAUCUGUGCCGUGCCGCUUCUCACUGCAGCCAAAGUAUCGACAGUCGUGGCCGCUCACUCCGAUUUUUGCCCCGCAGAGAACUAAGACCGUACCCUGACUGUCAUAUAUGUAAUACAAGCUGGAAGGUGCUUGAUUAGACUUCGCUUUUGUGCCUCCGCAAUGCAGCAGUGCACGUAUUUUUUACAUUUACAUUGCUGAAAGUGAUCCUUCACCUCUAUAAUGCCGCUACAUUAGAGACGUUAAAGCGAGAAGAAAAAACCACAAAACAAUGGAAGGGGUUUGUAAGCAUGUAACAACACUGCUAAAAUCCGCAACCCCCCCCUUUUUUAUGCAUGUGUUCCCUUUGUGGUGUUUUACAAUUAAGGUUGCAGUCCAUUUUAGUUGGGCUUGACAUUUCAGGCAGUUGUUUUCACGUCAUGGGCCGUGUUUGAUACCAAGCCACGUGCUUCUGAAAAAUGAUCCCACCUACUGGGCAUCACCUUGAGGAGCAAGUGGCCCUAUUCACCUUAUCUUUUUGCAUGUUCACAGGGAGCCUAGCCUCAAUGGAGAGGAAAAGAAGCCGUGCAGCAGCACGUGCCAGUAGUGACAGCGAAGACAGGGGAGGCGAGCUUCAAGAUCAGCCUCAAGAUGAUGAGCCGCUGAAAAGGAGAAUUCAAGACCUGGAAGAUGAGCUGGAGGAAGUGCGUGAGCAACUCCGCAAGGCCCAGGAUUGCCUUGACUCUGCAAGGAUGGUAAAAAGGUUAAAGCAUAUGAUUGAAAGAGCUGACAAAGAGACCCAGUCCGUCGCAGUCGUGACAGCCCCAAAAGUAGACAUCGGGGACGGUGUCCUUGUAGAUGAAGGCACACUGUCACGGCUGCGGCGUGACGCCAAGGAUUCGGGGCCAAGAUUAGCCCGAGGUCUACUUAAAGUCCUGUUCUCACCGGAGAAGCUUGAGAACAAAUCACUCUACGGCAGAAAGUCGAACGCGCACAAGAAUUUGCCUCAGAAGGAAGCACUUGACGUGAAGCGAGUGAAUGCCAUUCUCGGUAUGUGUUAA